AUGAACAACGAAAAUGCGUUCCCUGGCUCAUUAGACCUCGACACCCAUGAUCUCGCCCAGGUUUCGUCGAGCGGCUUAGCUCGAUCUCCGCCCGUGUUACCAGAGAGGCCAGCCAACAGACCUCCCACCACUCCCAACAUCCAUUGGAAGCCAACAGCAAAGCCCGUUGAAGAGCCGCUUGCCGAGGGACUUUCCAAUGAAGACCUCUGGAUGUUGGUUCGGCGAUUCAACAAACAAAUCUAUCAUGUGAAAGCUCUCCCAGGCGCCAGUGCAGAUCUGGAUCUGAAUCGGGUCAAUGGCGAGCAGUUUCCUCCAGAGAAACUGCGAAUCACGCUCGAGAGGUUCUAUACGUCUGUUUUGGUCGGGGCGGUUGAAUUCUUUAGGCAUAUCGGACGAUUGCGAUCAUGGAAGGAACCAAGACGGACGUCUUUGUUUUUAGCAGUCUAUGUCAUCUCCUGGUGGAUGGAUCUGAUCCUUCCGACCUUUUUGAGUUUACUUUCUGCACUCGUUCUUUUUCCACCCCUCCGGCUUUCUCUAUUCCCAGAACAGAAGCCUGUUCCCUUCGCGAAAGAUGGGCCUGCUUUUGGGCAGCCUGAAUCGCAUGAUAGCUUGACUGGUGUUCCAGAAGCACACAAGGGCGAGGCAGCUGAGCAGGAAGCGAAGAAUCUGAUUGACAGCGUUGCGAAGGUUGCUCUUGAAAGUGCCGCUGCUAGGUAUGGCCAAACUAUCCCCGAAGAGGACCAGGAAGAGGAUCGAGAGCCCGAGUCUCUGGCAGCCAUUCCAACCACCACAGAAACUCCCACCGAGGGUGCAUCAGAGGAUAAGACCAAGCAACCUAUCAAGAAGAAAGUUUCCCAUGCGACUGAUGAACUCAUGCGGAUACUGAGCGAUAUCACCGAUAUUUAUGAGAGAUUUGCCAAUCUUUUCGUUCCCACCCCGCCAUUCUAUAUGGUCGUGCCUCGCCUUCGCUUAGUUGGCGUCUUGGGAGUAAUCAUCGCCACAAUCCCUUUUAUCUCCAGCUACUGGAUUGUCAAGUUCACUGCGUUUAACAUUGGCUUUGCUUUCUUUGGGGGCCCAGUGUUCUCUCGAGUCCUAGCUUUGUUAGACUAUAAAGUACCAGACUGGCAGCAGCGCAUAGACCUUCAGACAACACUUCUUCAAGGUGUUCCUACAAAUGCGCAACUCACACUGACCCUUCUACGAAUUGGGGAGAUUAACUCUUCGCCAUUGCCACCACCCCCAACAUCCUCUUCUGAUUCCAUUUGGCCGAUGAGGCGCAAUAAGUCGAAAGCCACUCUUGCCUCCCAGUCCAGCACGGGCGGCUCAACCUCGGAUCUACAGCAUUCUGCAUCAGAUCCGCUUCCGGCCCCGAAACCUGAGACGGCGGUUUUUGACACAUGGCGAUUGACCGUGCAAUGGCAAUUGCUGGGCAUGCUGCAACAUCGACAAUUUGCCUCGACACCGUUUGGGCCGCUGAAGUUCGAUGCCAAAUAUGAGCGCAAGCGUGGUGCAGCCGUGAUUGACUCCGAAAAGGAGCCGCCAAUUCUGUAUUUUACCACUUAUCAGUCUGCUGGAUUGGAUGAUCUGCGUAUUGAGAGUCGGAAGAAGGGAUCUGUUCUGUUUCAAAUCCCCGUGACAGACAUUCGAGAGCUUAAAAAGACAGAAGGGCUGGGCUGGAAAGGAAAAUUGGUCGUGGAGCUAACAGCGGGUAGCAAAGAAGCGGCCGAUGGAUUGAUCGUCACCGGGAAUGAAGAAGGCCAGAAGUUCCAUCUGACCGGCAUGCGGUCGCGAAACCAACUGUUCAAUAGGCUUGUUGCCAUUGAUGCACAGUAUUGGGAGAGUUGGUAG